AUGUCAUUUGAUCGUUCGAAAUCGUUACAAUCAACAGUAGACGAUGAUGAUUUAGAUUUAGAAUUACAAGAACGAUCUGAUAAUAUUAAACAGAGAGAAUCAAAUUGGAUGUUUCAUACAGUAUCAAUCUUAAAACUUAACAAAACAAAUGCAUUAUUAAUAUUUUUCAUACCAGCAGUGGUCUUGAAAGCGUUAAACGUUGAUGAAACUAUAACAUUUUUCUUUAAUUUUUUGGCAAUUAUACCUUUAUCAAAUAUAUUAACUAUUGGAGUUGGUGAUUUAGCUGCUAGAUUUGGACCGGCUUAUGGAGCAGUAUUUCAUGCAUUUUCAGGAAGUUUUGUUGAACUUGUGAUUGAAUCAUAUGCUUUAAUGGAUGAGCAAUAUGCAAUAGUUCGAUCUUGGCCGACUGAAAGACGUCGUCGUGAAGGCUCAAUGAAUUCGUUGAACGUGUCAAUUCAAGUCAAAUUAUUUGUGAAUACAAGUGCUUCUAUAUUAGCACUCGCAGUCCUUGCUUUAGUUACACCUGCAGCUUUUAAAAUAGCAGCAGCACCAAAUAAUGCUUCCGUUUCACCAUUCAUAGAAUGUAAUAUAAGAAAUAUAAGUCACGCUACUGCCAUCAUCCUAACUUUAAUUUAUAUUGGUUUAUUAGUAUUUCAACUUAAAACUCAUGCACAAGAGGUAAUAGAUGCUAAAGAAUUUGAUACAGAAGUAAAAUAUAAUUGGUUUUUUGAUUUGAUUUUAGUUGCUGUAUCAAUUGCUGGCAUUACAGUUUGUGCUAGGUUUCUUGUAACUAGUAUUGAACACACUGCACAAAAUUUUGAAUUAGGAACUGGAUUUCAAAUGGCUUUAUUGGUAGCACCAAUAUUAGUUCUUGUGGGUUGGAUUUUAGAUAAACCAUUAACAUUGGAUUUUAAUGCUUUAGAAAUUGCUGUUCUAAGUUGUGCUGUUUUAAUCGUAAACUAUUUGGUUGCUGAUAAUAAAGCAAAUUGGCUAGAGGCGAUUGCUUUCUUUUAUUUUCCAAGUACUAUUGAACCAGAUAGAUCAUACUAUUGUGAUCCUUUCAGUAGAAAUUUACCACCUAAAAAUGUAACUGAUUCAAUUCUACAAGAUCCUAGCGAAGGAGGGGGAGGAGGAGAAGUCACUAAUACAUGUAUACCGGCAUCGAUUAAUGAUUUAACUGCAAGGUUAACAGUAUUGGACCAAUGGCGUAUUGGCCACGGUAUUCUUGUUUUACUUUUAUUACGUAAAUCAAGAACGUUUGGUAAUGGAACAACAUAUUAUAUUUUAACUAUCGCGUCCUUUUCAACAAGUUUAACUUCUUUACAAAAUCUGGAUUCAGAUAUGCGAUGUAACCUUGAACCACAAAGUCUUCAACUGAAAUAUCCUGAAUCGGAUUUUGUCAGUUUUAAAAUUUACAAAACAUUUGCUAUCGAAACGUUUGGAUAUCUGUCCAAGCAAUCUUUCAACUAUGUUAAAUUGGUUUGA